GUGUGUUUCGAUAUUUCGGCAGUUUGGGAAUCUACCGAUAAGUUAGUAGACUGUGCUUACCCGAAAAAUCCCGGCAUUUCUUCACAAAAUAUUUCAACCAUCCAACCGAUCAAAGUGUGGUACGUGAUAAGCGAUGGCAUUCGCGGCUCGAGGAUUACGAGUUUUCUGUAAAAUAUACAAUAGCAACAGGUGCGGAACGUAUUCAACGCUCCGUCAACCGAUUAGAAAAUUAUCCGUCGUUCAGUCAGCGCAAAAAUUUUAUUACAGCACCGAUCCAAACCGUCCUGGGAUAGCUGGGAGUCUUACAAACAUACAAUCGACAGUUGAUCAAAAUUUGAAACCCGUGAGUGCAACAGGUGGUCAAAAUGAAGAGUCGAGUCAAGAUGCGGAUCAGAAAAAACAAGAAGCCGAAGAUAAAAAGCAGCGAGAACAUUCGUGGAAAAUGAUGAAGUAUAGCUUUGCAUUCUUUGGAGUAUCGAUGGGUGUGAUGGGCUCUUUCUUAAUUUAUGAAUUAGCUAGACCCAAUGUUGACGAACAAGGAAACAUUAUCGAAGAUGAAUUCAGUAAUUUACCUUACUUCGAACAGUUGUACAAGAGACUACGUAGGGAACUAAACUACUACAAAAAACUUGUUCAAGAACCAAGUAGAGAGAAGUUACUACCAGAUCCAUUGAAAUAUCCUUAUAUGCAACCUCCAUAUACCUUGAUUCUUGAAUUGACAGAUGUAUUGGUUCACCCUGAUUGGACGUACCAAACUGGUUGGAGAUUUAAGAAACGUCCAGGAGUCGAUCAGUUUUUGGAGGCUGUUGCACCACCUCAAUUUGAAAUUGUGAUUUACACAGCCGAACAAGGAAUGACUGUUUUCCCCAUCUUGGAUGCUUUAGACCCGCAAGGAUAUAUUAUGUACAGACUGGUGAGAGAUGCAACGCGUUUUGUGGAUGGGCACCACGUCAAGGAUUUGGCUGCACUUAACAGGGAUCUCAGUAAAGUAAUCGUAGUCGAUUGGAAUAGCGAAAGUGUGAAACUCAAUCCUGAAAAUAUACUGAAGCUUCCAAGGUGGAAAGGGAACGAUGAUGAUACGACUUUGUAUGACUUAGCUGCAUUCCUCAAAAUGAUAUCAGCAACAAAUGUAGAAGAUGUGAGGGAUGUUCUUAAUUACUACAAACAAUUUGACAAUCCAUUAGAAGCUUUCAGAGAGAACCAACGAAAACUUUUGCUACAAAUGGAGGAGGAUGAACACAAGUCAUUGAAGGACGACAAUAAAGUGCUGAUGUCAAAAUGGAAACCAUCAUUUUUACGGAAUCGUUAACGAUUGAACGUAAAAGGUGAAAAAGUGCAAUAUUUUUUGCAUUUACUGUCAGAACGAGUACGCAUAAAUCACAUUUCAUUAUCGCCCGUGACUUUCUGGAUCAGAAAACCAGUUUGAAAAUGCUAUAAUGAAUGAAAACUCACAGUUACUUAUUGAUAUCCAAUCAUAAGUUGAAUAAUUUAUUUAACCUGUUGUAUUACUUAAUACAACAUAUUUUGUAAAUAAGAAUAUACAGUAAUUGUAAACCAUUUCAAAAAUUUAUUUUUUGACUUAACCUAUGCUGUAACAUUUACCAGAAUUAAUUCAGGCCUUCGAAGUUACCAGUUUCCUAUUAAUUAUUUCUCACUGUUUUAUCUCCAUGCAAAUUAUGAUAUAUGGAUCACUGAAACUAACAGUUCUAAAAAUAUUAAUAACAAUGUUAAUAUUUCAUCGCCAUGGACUAUCACUUAUGCUUCGAUUUUAAGAAUAAAAAAAGAAAUUCCGAUUCUCCGA